AUUAUUUCCUUUUCUUUCUAUGAAUCAGGUAUGGAUGGUUGCAUAGGGUAUCAUCCACCUAUCCCUGUCAAUUCUAGAACACAUGAGGGCAGGUAUCACUUCGACCACAUGCAUCAUCCUCUACACGGCCACACCCCUGGCAGUAGUCCAGUACUUUCUGAUGUAUCAUUAAUCCGUCUCACACCUCAGCGUAGUGGUUUGGGUAGCCUUGCUGAGAGUCCUAUCUAUCCUUACUAUGCUGUACCUCCAUAUGUAGAUCAUCUUCAUGGUAGUCCAGCCCUCUCUAUGUUAUCACAUGCCAGAGGCAUUAGUCCCACAUGCUCAAAUUCAGGUGUUGAUUUCGGGUCACAAACCAACCCUGGUAGUAGUUACAUUCCUCAGCUUUCAUUUAGUCAUGGUAUAUCAACAGACCUACAUCCACCCAGUACUGCAGGCAGCAUUGAUCAUCCAGCAUUGGACUUCAGUUCAGUUGAAGGUUCUAGAUUCUCCAGCCCAAGGCCAGGAGCCCGGAUGAGUAGAAAGCGUGCUCUCUCCAUCUCUCCUCUCUUCAAUGAAUCAAUAGAUAUCAAUGCCAUGAUACGUACUUCACCAAACUCUCUAGUAGCAUAUGUGAACAACUCUCGUAGCUCCUCAGCAGCUAGUGGGUCUUAUGGUCAUCUAUCUGCUGGUACAGUAAGUCCUGUCAAUUGGAAUCACCAUGUUCCGCCUCUGGCCCAUCUUCAUCAUCUGCAGCAACAGCUUUUAAGACAUCAUAGGGGACUAACUGGGGUGGGGUACCUACCAACGAAUGUACCCCCUCCCCAACAUCCUGCUAUGGCUACAUUAUUAGCAAGAGCUCAUAGCCAGCAGAGUGGGGUAGUUCCUGAUCCUCAUUCUAGUCUUCCACCUACCCACGACAACAAUCAUCCUAAGAAGGCUUCGGAGUAUGAGGACCACUCCCCUCAGGUGAUCAAGAAAGUGACUGAACCAAACAACAACCAAGUGACAAGCAGCGUAGAUCUAGACAAUCAUCAGAGCAGAAAGAUGGAAGAUCCUAACACAGUCUCUUCUACAUCUCACAUUGAGGGAUCCCCUCUGGCUACUGCUCCAGGUCCUGGUGGAGACCAUCGGGAUGAUGAUGGAGCCCACGGCGGAGAAGAAGACAUCCCAGUCGUCACUGAUUGUGAAUGGGAGGACUGUCACAGGAAGUUUGAUACACUAGAUCAGCUGGUUCAGCAUAUCAACAAUGAUCACAUUCACAACGAGCGUAAGGAGUUCAUCUGUCGAUGGCGUGAUUGUAUCCGAGAAGAGAAACCUUUUAAAGCUCAGUACAUGUUAGUCGUUCAUAUGAGGAGACAUACAGGCGAGAAACCUCAUAAAUGUAGUUUUGAAGGUUGUUACAAGGCUUAUUCACGACUGGAGAAUCUGAAGACUCAUCUCAGAUCCCAUACUGGAGAGAGACCAUAUGUCUGUGAGUUUCAAGGCUGUACCAAAGCUUUCUCUAAUGCAUCAGACCGAGCUAAGCAUCAGAACAGAACUCAUUCAAAUGCCAAACCCUAUGCAUGUAAGAUAGCCGGAUGUACCAAACGGUAUACGGAUCCCAGCUCACUACGUAAGCAUGUGAAGACUGUGCAUGGACCAGAAGCUCAUGUGACUAAACGGCAACGAGGUGAUAAACGUGAUCCACCUUCUGGGCCUGGGGGAGAGAAGGAAGGAAGGAGAGGAGAUGAGAUGGAUAAAAACAGUCAUAGUGAUGUAAAACCAGUCACUAAAACAAUUUCAAUAUCAUCUAACUCGACUAAUAAUAACAAGGCAAAAGAUAUACCUCAGGAAUGUCAUCCAAGCAUCCAUCUUAAUGCUCCGAUUAAUGAAUACAGCUGCUCUCCACAUAACGACAGUGGUGUAGAGAUGAAUGCUACUGGAGGCAGUAUUGGAGACCUUACAAACAUUGAUGAUGAUAAACUGAUUCAAGAUGACCAGAUCAGCUCUAAUGUUGGAGAUGUAGUGGAUGGGAUUACACACAGAGGAAGGAUGGGUCGUAGAGGAGGAGGAGGAGGAAGGGGUUGUUUGACAGUGACAACAGCUCCAACCAUUUCUGGCAGGACAACAAGCCCCUUCAUGGAGAAAUCUAUUAAGGUCAAGGCUGGACUGAGUGGCAAUCGAGAUACUCAUAAAGCUAAGAAGGGUGUAUCUAACUUGCCUCAGAUGCAUCCACAACCAAUUCCACAUCAGCAGCUGCCGCCUCUCAACAACAAUAAUCAUGGUAUCGAUUAUAAGCCAAAGGGCCGUAUGGUUGAGAAGCUGAUCUCUGAGGAGCGUUGUGAUAGUUCACAGUCUAUGGCUGGAAGUUUGGACAACCUUGGAAACAGAAGAGGCAGUGACCAUAGCACCGUCAGUUCAUACUUCAGUGGUAGGUCAUCUGAAGCAUCCCCAUUCUUCAUGGGCAGUCAGUUCUCAAGUAGGAGGUCAAGUCAGACCAGUUCAUAUAUGUCUUCUAUGUCAUCCAGAAGAACGUCGGGAGCAUCACAAUGGUCUGGUCGUAUGGGUAUGAACUCUCCCUAUGACCCUAUCUCUGUUGGGUCAUCAAGGAGAUCUAGUGAAGCGAGUAGUUUGAACGGUCCUACAGGACUCCCUGGUUUGACUCUGGCGCAGCAACGUUCCCUCCAAGCAAGAUAUGAACAAACUAUCAUGCAGCAGAAUAGUGGGGACGAAAGGUUUGGAAUGAGUCCUUCACCUAUGCCUCCUCCUGGUUAUAGGAGAUUGAGUGGUGUAGCCAGUAUGCCUCCACAUCCCCCAAGGACUCCCCUUCCAAAUGAGAUUCCAGGAAAUGAAAUACGAAGAGGUAGUGAGCCCAUAAGCUCCAACCAAAUUAACAGACACUACAGUGCGUUCAAUAACAAGCAACCACUUCCGCUGCCUGAAAACAUGAAGAGUUUCAGACCAUCGUUCCAUAAUAUUCACCAUCCACCAACAAUCCACGAACAAGAUGGAGGUUCUGGAAGAGAGCUGUGGCAGAAUAUUCCGCAGAACCACUAUGAGCAUGGAACUAUUCCUGAAGAGAAUAUGGAUACUGGUGGAGGACCAGAAGAGUUAAUGUAUCCUGAUGAAAUGGUUCAGUUCCUGGAUGAUCAGUGUAAGCAGGAGAUGCAAUGGAGUGGUCAGAGACAGAUUACUGCUGGAGUAAGUGGUGGUUUCAAUCAACCUCAUGAUCAUCUAGGUCAUAACCAGAUGCAAGGUAGCUACAACAUACAACCAAAUGCCCAAGUGAAUAAUGGAAGUAUGCAGCUUGCAGGCAAUCAACAACAGCACCAGCACCCCCAGCAGCAGCAAGCUUACAACUCACAACACCCAGGAUUUCCUCAGCCUAUGAAACAGGAGAACAGUCACAUGCGUGGCAAUCAACAACAGCAACAUGUUAAUUGCAGCAUGCAACAGCCUUCUUCUAUGGAAAUGUCUCCAGGUUGCAACCAAGUUACCAGUACAGUGGAUGCUACAAGUGUUCCUUACAACCGGCAGCAAUGUCGACCACCACCCCAGCAACAGCCCCAGCAGUUGCCACAGCCACCAAGACAGACCUCACAUGGCCCAAUCGAAACUUUGGAUUGUGAAAAUGACCAUGUCGCCAACAUGCUUGCAGCACUCAACUCUGAUGCUUUGGAUCAUGUUCAGCAAAUAGUUCCAGAAACAAUGGAAGGUGAUACUGAAGACAAGGUGCCAUACAACUCACAGGGUGCCUCUGCAGGGUAUCCUCAACAGGGUAAUAUCAAUCCUAGCAUUGCAAACAUGGCUGUUACUGACAUGUCUUCCAUGCUAACAUCCCUGGCUGAAGAGAACAGAUUCCUCUCCAUCAUGUAAAUCUCAGGGUUACACUAUGUUGGCUAAAGAUAUACACACUUUCUUUCUUUUUAAGCCCAAAGAAUUUUGAAAUGCUGCUUUAAUGACCUUCGUAUUCUUGUUGAAAAUGCAUGCACAUAAGGUGACUGAUAAAACCAUAGGUUACUACGAAGGUUCUACUUUUAUGUUCCUUUGUGUUUUGGUCAAGACUGUUACAUAAAUUUUUAUUGAUCAGUUUGAAGCGCAUUAUUAUAGGAUUCCUAUAGGUUCUGUUGUAUAUACCUUACAAGAUUGUUGCUAUGUGUGAUGCCUGUAAAAUUUGUAUUUUUGUCCAUCCAUAAAGGGUUGAUAUGUACCUUUUUAAAAGCUAUUCCCAGUUUGACCAUAAGUGUAAAACUGACAAUAUAAUACAUCAUUUAAAUUCAUAAUGAAUAAUAUGUUUUGUUUACAAUUUGCCAAACCUUUGAUGGUUUUCUUGCUGAUAGUUGUGUAAGUCAUUUAUGUAAAUUGCUUAAUAACGUCCUAAAUUUUUGUAGUGCUAUAUUUCGUAAUUUAUAUUAAGUGUGCUGGCUGAAAUGAUUAAGUAGCCAUUUAGGUGUGUGAAAAGUUAUUGCAAUGGCUUUCCCAAUUCGAGAUAUUAUAUUCAUCAGUAUUCAAAGCCUUAGAAUUUGUGUGCCUUUGAAUUCUACAAUGUGUGCUUCAAUUGGAUUUUUUAUUGGAUGGAAAAGUUUUGAUACGAUAGAGUUUAGAUUGAUAGUUUGAGUUUUAUGGCAGCAUUAUUAUGAAAUUUCUGUGCUUCAAUUUUGAAGAAAAUAAAAUUGAUUAAUUUUUACUUUGGCAAUAUAAUAGUUAGAAUAUUCAGAAUGCAUUUCAUAUCCAAAAUGAUCAUGUGGGACACUCAUUCCUGAGAUAAAAUCAGAACAUUGAGAAGAUUAAAUUUUUCAAAUUAUACUUGGUAACUGUUUUAAUUAUAUUAAAGGAAUAUUACAUACACUAUGUAACUGAAUUCGUUUUUAUGGCAUACAUGUAUGUACCUUUGGUGUUGAUUUGAAAAGUUUUUUGUUUUAAGUUUCAUACCAUUAAAAUCUCAUGAAUAUGUGUGCUCUUAGCAGUAAAACCUAUGUACAUGUAUCUUGGCAAUGUGUGCUGAUGUGUAACAUGCUAUGACAAUGUUAAGUGAACAAAAUGUAACACUAUUGGUAAAAAUAAUAGUGAAUGAUAAUGCCAUGCAAUACCAUAUUUUUCGGUGUAUAAACCGCGCCUUUUUUCCCGCUUUAUAAUCUUGAAAUAUUGGGUGCGGUUUAUUCACGGAAACAAGAAAAUUUCGUUGGAAAAUUGACUAUGCUUUGUCGGUAGUAUUACCUUCAUGUGAACCAACAAUAAUAUCGAAUAUUUAAUGUAUAAUCAUUUGUUGGUUACUAAAAAUAGGGAGUAUAUUUUGCGAAGUUUUCUUUGAAAAUCUUCUUCGUAAAGAUCGGUUUAUGUUAUUUAUUUAACUACUAUCAAUUUAAAAAUGUUUUCCAAAAAACAACCUGAUUGUUUUGUGAUGAAAACUUUUUUUUCAAAUAAAAUUGCAUGGGAAAUGCUCUUCAAUAGACAUGUUAUCGUAAUCGAUUGUAAUUGUAAUCGGUUAUUAAAAAGGCAAUAAAUAAUGUCCUUUAUUCUUUAUUUCUCUAGUUUUUCUCUCAAAAUAAAAAAAAACUAACCCUUUUUAGACCAUAAUUUUGAUAUUAAAAAAUGCCAUUGGUCACCUUUUGCUUAAAAAAACCCUGUUUUUUUGUAAUGAAAACUUAUUUUUUUACACCUAAAAAGUGCAUUGAAAAUGCUUUACAAUAGGCGUGUAAUUGUAAUCGGUUUGAAAAUAGGCAAUAAAAAAUGUCCUCUAUUCUUCCAUUUUUUUCUCCCUCACUUUAUCUCAACAUUUUUUGUUUUCUUUUUCCGUUUUUAGACUAUAAGUUUGAUAUACAAUACUGCCAUUUCAUGGUCUUUUUUUUUCUUUAUUCUACAAAAUAAAGUUCAAGAAUGUAGUAACCAUUUUGUAAAAUACAAAAAUUAGUAAUAUAUCUUUUGGUCUGUCAAGGAAUUAUAAGUUUAGUUUGCUCAUCCAAAUAAUACCAAACUCGGUUUGCCAAUUUUUUUCUCUUUUUAGAGCCUCCCGACUUUGAGGUGCGGGAAAUACACGGCCGCGGUUUAUAUUCCGAAAAAUACGGUAUUUAUGUUGCACUAAUACAGUAUUAAUUCCCUCACCCUUAGUUGGCUACCCUCAAGUUAUAUACACAAAAUAGUAUUUUUAUGCCCUGCAGAGCCCCCGCCGAUGCAGCCCGGAGCGGGCUCUUGUGAAAUAUUCAACAGAUUUAAACGAAUUUGGGUUUGUAGGUAUAUGACACCAAAAUGCAGGCUAAAUUCAAAUUCGGAGUCCGCAGGUCAAAGAUGAAAGGUCACAGCCCAUUAUAUUUGUGAGUUGGUUUCUGCAUAUUAACUUAUGACAUAUUCAACAGAUUGUUGGAAAAUUUGGUGUGUAGGUUAAUGACACCAAAAUACCGGCUAAGUUUGAAUUCGGAGUCUGCAGGUCAAAGGUCUCAGCUCAUUAUAUAGGCAAGUUGGUUUCUGCAUGAUAACUUUGGAAAUAUUCAUGUGAUAUUAAAAAUGUUUGGUGUCUUGGUGGAUGAGACCAAAAUACAGUUGGGUCACAUCUUCUGUCAGAGAUUAUUGAAAAGGGUGAGUCAUUAGGUCAAAGAUUUUUGACCAAAGUAAUUUGUUCAUUAUAUAUAUAUAUAUAUAUAUGCAUAUUGGUUUCUGCACGAUAUUAUGUUCAAUUACAUUGAAUGAAUUUUUGAUUGCGUUAAGCAGGGGCAUCUGUGUGCUUUGGACACACCAAAUUUCUAGUCUUAAACUGUGAGACCUAUGUCACAAAACUGAAAUGUUGGAUAAGUGAUAUGUCUUGCAUGGGUCAUUUCCUGCUAGCUUCAAUCUUUCCCUUAACUUUAAUACAGAAUAAUUUCUGUGCAAAUUCAGUGUGGUUGAGUUUUUCUUCUUGUCUCGCCUGCAUAGCAAAGCGAGACUAUAGGCGCCGCUUUUCCGACAGCCGUGACUUCAACAUUGAAAU